UGCUGCAAGAAAUUAUUUCAACGAGCAAUAUUGUCAAAUUAAUCAAUACAACGAAUUCUUAUUUAUUACUAAGUUAAAAUCAAUUCCAAAAGUUAUGAUCUAAACUCAAGCUUUACAAACAGUUGAUAAUAUGAGAGAAUAUCCAAAUGAUAUAAUUAUGGAGAGAAAAGCAAUUGAACACUGUAUUAAAUUGAUUCAUUGAAAUUUAAUAACUUACUUGUGGCGAUGUACAUUGAAGAUAUCCUAGAUACGCACCUUUAAUGGAGUUUGACAAUGACAUUUUUGUGGUUUCGAAUACUUAUACUAGCUACAUUGUAUCAAUGUUUUUAUGGCGAUCCAAAUUUUGUACUAGUUUUGACAGAUGAUCAAGAUUUAUUGUUAAACUCAAUGAUUGCCAUGGAGAAUACCAUCAACUUAUUGGGAAAUAAUGGAAAAACCUUUAAAAAUGCUUUUGUGAAUACUCCUAUCUGCUGCCCAAGUAGAAGUACAAUAUUGACAGGAAAAUUCGCACACAACACUGGAGUUGUAAAUAAUUCUAUAAGUGGAAACUGUUCAAGUCCAAUGUGGCAAGAAAAACACGAACCCAAUAGUGUCUCUGCUAUUCUCAAGAGGAACAAAAACUAUGUUACAUUCUAUUCUGGAAAAUAUAUGAAUGGGUAUGGAUUUGCAGAAGCUGGAGGUAUCGAACACGUUCCAGAAGGAUAUGAUUGGUGGAUCGGUUUAAAAGGAAACUCAGUUUAUUAUAAUUACACAUUAUCAAUCAAUGGAACAGAAUAUUUUUCAAGUGACAAAUACCUAACAGACACUUUGGCGGAAUACUCAAUAAAAUUUUUGGAACAGAGAGCAACUGAUAGGCCGUUCUUCAUGACUAUAGCACCACCAGCUGCACAUGCUCCAUUUACACCCGCCAAACGACAUGAAAAUAAGUAUGCGGGAACUAAAGCUGUUAGAAGUCCAUCUUUUAAUCAUUCAGGAUCAGAUAAACACUGGUUGAUACGGAUGCCUCCAGAAUAUUUACCGGAUGAUGUUGAUAUACUGGACAAGGUACAACAGCACAGAUUGGAAUCAUUGUUGGCUGUUGAUGAACUAGUACAAGGCGUCGUUUCUAAACUGGAAAUGUUGGAUUUAUUGAAGGAUACUUAUAUUAUUUUUACGUCAGAUCAUGGAUUUCAUAUAGGGCAAUUCAGUCAACCAUGGGAUAAAAGACAGCCCUAUGAAACGGAUAUUCGAGUACCUUUCAUAGUAAGUGGACCCAAAAUACCCGCCAAGUCAUCAGAAACCUUCCCAAUAUCUGCGGUGGAUAUUGUUCCUACUAUAUUAGAUUUGGCUAAUAUCGAUGUACCAUCUUACAUAGAUGGAAUAAGUUUCAAAAAACAAUUGUUCGCAGAACCAUCUGAUUCCUUCAAUAAAACUAUACUCAUUGAAUAUUGGGGCGAGGGGGAUACUCGAAGAAUAGAUCCUAAAUGUGCAUGGACCGAUCCAAAUUUAACUGAAUGUAUUCCAGACCAGUGGUGUAAAUGUCAAGACUCAAGAAAUAAUACUUUCACUUGUAUGGUUGAAUUGACAGAGUCUCAGAACUUCAAAUUUUGUAGAUUUAACGAUGAAGAGAACUUUUUGGAAGCAUACAAUCUAACAGUGGAUCCAUUUGAAUUGAAAAAUGUGGCAAAUGAAUUGAAUAGUGGAAGAAAACAACACUACUUAUCGAUAAUGGAAAAUCUUCAAAAAUGUAGAGGCAGUGAAUGUAAAAAAAUGAUGUAAAGGUUUCAUGAAAUAAUACAAUUAAAUACAUUUUUGUAAAAAAUUCAAUUAUAUAAAUAUUCAAUUAUAUUCAAGAUUUUUUGUAUUUAAUUUAAUAAAAUGUAUGAAAUGAUA